GGACACAACAGGCAAGUGGGUGGCCCCAAGCGCGGAAGUCGGGCUACAGACUACAUAUCCCACAAAGCUCUGCAGGGCGUCCCAUCAUAGUCACGUUAAGGGACGCUGGCGCGCGGAAUUUAAAUUGCAGCGGUUUGCGGCGUUUAGAUUGCAGAGCAUUAGUACAGUUGUGCCUUCUCGGCUCUUUGCGUCUCUUUGACUGGUAAAAGUCCAUGGAGUCAUCUCUUCAGGCUCGACUGUUUCCGGGUCUCUCCAUCAAAAUCCAGCGCAGUAAUGGCUUAAUUCACAGUGCCACUGUAAGCACUGUGAACUUGGAGAAAUCCUGUGUUUCAGUGGAGUGGACAGAAGAAAGUACUACAAAGGGCAAAGAGAUUGACUUUGAUGAUGUGGCUGCAAUAAACCCAGAACUCUUGCAGCUUCUUCCCUCACACCUGAAAGAUAAUCCACCACUGCAGGAAAAUGGAACUGCCCCAAAACAAAAGCGCAGAUCAGUCAACUCCAGAAUUCCAGCUCCAAAAGAAGAGCACAGAAAUCUACAGACUGCACAAAGAAAUUCUGGGGACACUGGUCUUCGAAGCCGCUCCACUCGUAUGUCCACUGUCUCAGAGGUUCCCAUCGCCACGCAGGAGAAUGAUAUGGAGGUGGACUUGCCUGUCUCUAUAAACUCCCGAAAGCGAUUUUCAAUUCCCACUGCCCCCCCUCGGCCCUCCUGCGUUGUAGUCACUGACGUACCAUUGACAAUGGUCAGCGAGGAGACAGAAGAGCAAAUCCAUCCCAUCCGGAGCAGCUCUUCUGCAAACCCUGUGAAUUCAGUUCGGAGAAAAUCAUGUAUUGUGAAGGAAAUGGAAAAAAUGAAGAACAAGCGGGAGGAGAAGAGGGCCCAGAACUCUGAAAUAAGAAUAAAGCGAGCUCAGGAAUAUGACAGCAGCUUUCCAAACUGGGAAUUUGCCCGGAUGAUUAAAGAAUUUCGAACUACUAUGGAAUGUCACCCACUUACCGUGACUGAUCCCAUUGAAGAGCACAGGAUCUGUGUCUGUGUUAGGAAGCGCCCACUGAAUAAGCAAGAACUGGCCAAGAAAGAAAUCGAUGUGAUUUCUGUUCCUAGCAAGUGUCUCCUCCUAGUACAUGAACCCAAGUUAAAAGUAGACUUAACAAAGUAUCUCGAGAACCAGGCAUUCUGUUUUGACUUUGCCUUCGAUGAAACUGCCUCGAAUGAAGUCGUGUACAGGUUCACAGCAAGGCCACUGGUACAGAUGAUUUUUGAAGGGGGAAAAGCAACAUGUUUUGCCUAUGGGCAGACAGGAAGUGGCAAGACACAUACAAUGGGUGGAGACCUGUCUGGCAAAGCUCAGAAUGCAUCCAAAGGGAUCUAUGCAAUGGCAUCCCGGGAUGUCUUCCUCCUGAAGAACCAGUCUCGCUACCGGAACUUAGACCUAGAAGUUUAUGUGACGUUCUUUGAGAUCUACAAUGGAAAGCUAUUUGAUCUGCUCAACAAGAAGGCCAAGUUGCGUGUCCUGGAAGACAGCAAGCAACAGGUACAGGUGGUGGGACUACAGGAGCACCUGGUUAACUCUGCUGAGGAUGUCAUCAAGAUGAUCAACAUGGGCAGCGCCUGCAGGACCUCUGGACAAACAUUUGCCAACUCCAAUUCCUCCCGCUCCCAUGCCUGCUUCCAGAUUCUUCUUCGAGCCAAAGGGAGAUUAUAUGGCAAAUUUUCCUUGGUGGAUUUGGCAGGGAAUGAACGAGGGGCAGACACCUCCAGUGCUGACCGGCAGACUCGCAUGGAGGGUGCAGAAAUCAACAAAAGUCUCCUGGCUCUGAAGGAGUGCAUCCGGGCCCUGGGACAAAACAAGGCUCAUACUCCAUUCCGUGAGAGCAAGCUCACACAGGUGCUGAGGGACUCCUUUAUCGGAGAAAAUUCAAGGACUUGCAUGAUUGCCAUGAUCUCACCGGGCAUAAGCUCCUGUGAAUAUACUUUAAACACGCUACGAUAUGCAGACAGAGUCAAGGAACUGAGCCCCAACAGCCAGCCCAGUGGAGAACAGCCACUUCAAAUGGAAACAGAGGAAAUGGAAGCCUGCUCUAAUGAGACCUCAGUGGCAGGCAAUCUCUCCAAAGAAGAGGAUGAGCUCUCUUCCCAGACGUCCAGCUUUAAUGAAGCCAUGACUCAGAUCAGGGAGCUGGAGGAGAGUGCCAUGGAAGAGCUCAGGGAGCUUAUACAGGUGCAAACUGGCCCUGGUCAGGGAGGGAUUGGAUGGCCACUGUGGCAUAACCCCCAGAGAACUGGAACAUGA